CAGAAUGACAAGUAUUUCUAACGGAUCAAAUGGUGAAGUAAAGUAACAAAAAUCAAGAGAAGUUUAUUUUUUGUUCCAUGAUUUUUCGAAAUUUGUGAGAAUGAACAGAACUUCUCAAACUCUGUUCGAUUUUACGCGAACGGAUCAAUUAGGAAGCUGGACUGAAUGUUCAGACACGAUUAAAACAACUGGAAUGUCCAAAGCAGCGCUCGUUAUGCAGAAAACACAAUUGGUACAAAGAGCAAUAUUCUUUACUCUAUUCAAUCCAAGGCCGAAUAGGACAGGAUAUGCUGCAGUCAGAUGUGACACUAAUUUCGAUCUCUCCGGGUCUAAUUACAUCACGAUCAAGUGCCGGGGCCAGGGGACUAAUUACAAAUACAAGAUGUUACUCAGGCACAAGGGGCUGGACAAGAAUGCCCUAGUAUAUGGUCAAGUUUUCACGGCACCUGAAAACGAAUUCGCAACGAUAAAACUACCCCUUGCUGAAUUCCGACCUUACUACAGAGGACAAGAGAAGCCUUUGGAGGAAAAUCCUCUGGACACUUCGUCAAUAACGAAUAUAGGCCUUAAAGUGGACAUGGGGCCUUAUCUACCAGAAAAUCAAGCAGGUGUAGCCGCUCUUGAAAUCGACUGGAUCAAAGCCACAAAAUGACGAAACCUAAAGAUUAUGUAAUCCCAAUCCUCUCUGCGUUCAUCAAAAUUUAAUAAUUGAGAGUGUUCUAAUUAUUCGAAUUAUAUUGACAUUUUAUUUU